UCAGUGCCUUGUUUGUAGAGACUCCAUUCGUGGACUCGUACUCCACCUCCUGAGCAGAGCAGCAGAGACACACUCAUCUCCAACCUCCAGAAGCUUUGUUAGACAGCACAGGACGGUUGAGAUCACUGAGAGCCAUGAAGCAUUUGGUGUUGGUGGUUCUGGGUUUGCUGUUGUCUCCUCAGCGAGCACACAGCAAGUUACCUUGCAAGCCACUAACAUCCAGCUUUUGUCAAGGUUUGGGAUACACCACCACCCCCUAUCCAACUGGAGCUGUAGGCUACAACCUGCAGCAGACGGGUCAGAUGAUAGAGACGGCUUGUUCUCCAAACGUCGCCGCACUCCUGUGUCGUGUUGUUGUGCCCGAAUGCGGCUCGGACGAAAACAGCCAGCUGAGGCCUUGCCGAGCGCUCUGUGAGAAGGUCAAGACAGACUGCGAGCCUGCCUUCAGAGCGAAGAGGUUAACCUGGCCGACAAAGCUCCGAUGUGACACUUUAUCACAGACUAACUGUGUGCAGGGCCGAGGCCCCGCUGUACAUCCAACGCCCGCUGGAGUAUGUCAGCCAAUCACUAUCCCUCUCUGCCAAGACCUGACAUACACUGACACCAUCAUGCCCAACAUGCUGGGCCACAGAAAUCAGGAAGAAGCAGCACUGGAAGUACAUCAGUUUAUCCCGCUUGUAAAAGUGGAAUGCUCCCGUCACCUGAAGACUUUCUUGUGCUCCGUCUACACUCCCAAGUGUGUUUCAGGCAAAGCUCGAUCUCCCUGCAGAACGCUCUGCGAGCAGGCGAGGUCCGGCUGUGAAUCACUGAUGAACAAGUUUGGCUUCCAGUGGCCAGAAUCCCUCAGGUGUGAAGCAUUUACGACAGAGUCCUGUGAAGGCACUGAAGAUAUGAGUCAAAUAUCCUCUGCGGCAUGUCAGACAAUCACUGUCCCUCUCUGCCAAGACCUGCCGUACACUCAGACCGUCAUGCCCAACAUGCUGGGCCACACAACUCAGGAGGAUGCAGCCCUGGUACUGCAGACGUUUCUACCACUCAUACAAGUGGGGUGCUCCCCUCAUAUGAAGACUUUACUGUGCUCCGUCUACACUCCAGAGUGUCUGUCAGGAACACCUCGACCUCCCUGCAAAUCACUCUGCGAGCAUGCACGCUCCGGCUGUGAGCCAAUGUUUCAAAGGUUUGGCUUCCCGUGGCCAGAAGCCCUCAAGUGUGACACAUUUACCACAGAGUCCUGUGAACAUUAUGGAGUGGGCAGCAGCGGGGGCGUCUGCGAGCCGAUCACCAUACCAAUGUGCCAGGGCCUGUCCUACAACCAGACCAUCACUCCAAAUCUACUGGGCCACACGAGUCAGAGAGAGGCGGUGAUGAAGAUGUCCUUUUUCAACUCGAUGGUGCAGACUAUGUGCUCGGUGGACAUACGGCUGUUUGUGUGUAUGGUGUACGCCCCCGCGUGUGUGGCAGGCGAGGUGAAGCGGCCCUGCAGGUCUUUCUGUGAGAGGGCCAAACGGGGCUGUGAGGGUUUGAUGACCAGCUUUGGUGUUUCCUGGCCAGAAGAGCUGCAGUGCAACUCAUUCCCAGAGGAAGCGUGUAUAUCAGAAGACAGCAGGCCUGAUAUGCUGACUGCUGAAGGUGUUCUUGCUAAGCUGAAUGCUGGUGGCUACUCUGUUCACGGCAAAACCUUAAGUCUGAAGACAGCCCACCUGCUGUUGACUCUCAUGGACGCAGAUAAGACUGGCGACCUGAAUGUGGUGGAGCUCUUCAAUCUGGAGCACUACGUUGCUGCUACCAGGAGGGAGUAUCUGGAGAGCUACGAGAAGCGGACCCCACCCUCCGUCACUCAAUACCAAAUGAAAAGGGCUCUGUCCGCCCGAGAGUUUGAGUUAGAAGAUGAAACCUUCAAUGUUCUGUGGCGCGAGCACCACUCCGAAGGUGGCAUCGACUACGAUGACUUUGUGGCCUUCCUGACAAAACUUCAGAUCCUCAGAGAUCGUUUCCAGGCUCAUAUGAUGCGUUUGCCGUGUGACUGCAUAGUGGCCAGUUUCUCUUUCAAGCAGUUCAUGAAAUCAGCCAUAAUGUGAGGAUCAAACAGGAGCUGAGCUGAAUGGACCACAGGAGAAAUGCUUGUAGCAUUGUAGCUGUGUAGAGCUGUAAGGACCAUAUGUGUGGUUAUGAAUCCUUUUAUCAUCUUCAUUAUCAAAUCUUCAUGCUUUAAGUAUAGAAACUUUAAAGGGACAUGUGUCUGAGUUAUUAGUAAUGUCUGAAGUUUGUAUUUCGUCAGUUUUUAUGUGUUUGUUUUCAGAUCAAAUGAAAUCUGCAAAAUUGUCACUUCUCACAUUAAAGAUACUCCGCUGAAAUAAUCA